AUGCCGGUGUGCAGCGAGUUACUGGCCCAUGGCGUGUGCCAUACGGACCUCUGCACGGCCUCUCAUAUUCUUGAUUUCUUCUGUUCAUCGUGUAAUAUCAUCUGUGACUCAGAGCGCACAUUUAAAUCACACUUGGGUGGUCGCAAGCAUCGCGCCGCUACCAAAACGCCGACGCUUAGCAAUUGCCUGCACUCUCAAGGAAGCGCCCAUCAACGUCGUCUCUCCCAACUCGAUGUUACUCCCGACCCUUGGUAUACGGUAACAGAAGCAGAAGCUCCGAUCAACUCGAUUAGAUGUGAUACUUGCAAUCAGAAUAUUCCACGAACAGUCUGGGCCUCACACAUCUCUAAAGACAGCCACAUUCGGCGCUCAAGAGUGGCUAACUUUCAGUCAGUUUUGCGGGAGACUGAGAAGGACAAACAUGGCGUGGAGGUCUCCUAUGGCGUUGGAACCAAUUCUACCGACGGAGGCGCUGAAGUAGAUUUCGGAACCAUCGAUCCCAACAACGCACAAGAGAUCAAGAAGGUUGUUACUCUUCGGCUAAACACUCCAGCAGACAUAACCUUGAACUCAACCAGGCUAGCAUCCUCAGCAGGACGCUCUUCCCGGGUUUCUCCUCAGUUUCAUGUCACUGAAAUGGAUCCUAUUGCUUUGCCACUAAAGCGACUCGUUUCUUUACCUCUUUACUUCCGAUCCCUAGGACAUCGGGGUUACUUUGCUGAUCGACUGGAGCUCACUUUCCAUGACAAAUCCCUCCGCAAAUCCUUCACUAUUACACGUCCACUUCGAGCAACAGUUGGAAAUGUUACAGAUCUUGAACAACUCCGUCCAUCGGCUCCAUAUGUACGGCCUCCCCCAAAACCUCGAAGGGAUCGAGAAGAGAAGUUGGUCGAUGGGAUUAAGCCUUCGAGUCAACGUAUCGAAUGGGUUGUGGAACUGCCCAAGGCCAUUAUGCCUUUUCAUUGCGAUCAUUUUGGAAAGUCGUACUGGAGUAGACGCCAAGCUGACCAGAGUCAAACAGUUGCCUGGAAUGCACGGGGAUUUGAUAGGCGCGGCCCGCCGUCAUACAGUCGCUUCUGGGAGACUUUGCUCUAUAUUGAAGAACAUCAGGCAGAAAUCGACCUAGAGCGAUACGAUCAAGAAAACGUGGAAUUGUCUAGACAUAACUCGUAUUUCUUUUUAAAGGUCCCUGGGCUCGCUGAGAAACGUCCUUCAGUGCUGGUAGGGGACUCUAUCAAGGUUCGACCGCAUAAACCCUCAGAGGCCGACAAUAAGACAUGGUAUAUCGGCUACGUCCACAUUGUACGCAAAGACGAGGUCGGGCUUCGUUUUGCCCAUCGCUUUGUACCUCCUCUCGGAACUCGCUUCGAUGUCCGAUUCUGCCUUAAUAGGAUUCCGGUCUUGCGCAUGCACCAGGCACUCGCAACAGCGUUUGCUGAGCCAAGAGCCUUGUUUCCUACUAUCGUUCACGAAAAGCCCCAUUUGACGAGGAGACAUGUGCGAACUGUGAAUCCACUUGUGGACCAAAACCCCCCUCAACUCCUGGCGGUUAAGUCUAUUCUGAGUCUCCCUCCCGGUAGCCCCCCAUUUAUUAUAUUCGGACCGCCAGGAACGGGAAAGACGGUUACUGCUGUUGAAAGUAUGCUUCAGCUGCUCCUUGCUAAUCGCACCAUUAGAGUUCUCGCAACAGCUCCAAGUAACUCCGCAGCCGAUUUGAUUGCUCGCAAACUCUUGGAGAGUGGUAAACUCCACCAAGGUGAUUUGCUCAGGCUCAAUGCGCUUUCUCGCACCCCGGAUCCAGAUAGCAUACAUUCACAAGUACUAGCAAGCUCUUAUGUCCGAGACGGGAGUUUUAGAUUUCCCGGAGUCAAUAGGCUUCUAUUAGCCGACGAAGAGUAUAACCAGUAUCGCAAGCAUGGUCAGAAUGCUGUCAAGCCCUUGAAAGAUUACCGAGUUGUUGUAGCUACGUGCGUUACCGCGUCCGUUCCAUAUCAACUAGGUAUUCCUCGAGGUCAUUUUGACUGGAUUUUUGUGGACGAAGCUGGGCAGGCGUGUGAGCCUGAAGCGAUGAUCUCGGUCAAGACUCUCGCUGGUUCUGAAACAAACAUCGUUCUUAGUGGUGAUGUGGCCUCGACAACUCGGGCCAGUAAUAAGAUCCCCAAUCUCACUUCAAUUGGGUCUUGGACUCAGUUAUCUCGAAAGACUGAUGAACAUGGACAUGUACAACCCGUCUUCCAUGCGCGGAAGGACAGUUGUGAAGCUUUCAAAGAAUUGGCGCAACCAUCCUGCGAUCUGAGGUACUCGAACGAAAGGUUUUACGAUAACGAACUCGAGAGCUGCGCCUCUGCGAGCGUCACUAACAGCCUGCUCGCCUGGUCAGAGCUUGGUCGCACCGGAUUCCCCAUCAUUUUUGAGAAUAUUGCGGGUCAGGACUUACGCGAGGCAUCUUCCCCGUCCUGGUAUAACCCCAUGGAAGUCUCCCGAGUCAAGGACUAUGUCAGGAUGCUGCGUGAUUUACGUCGCCCCCAUAUUAGCACGACAGAUAUUGGGGUUAUUACCCCUUAUAACCAGCAAGUUCAACAUAUCCGUAGAAUCCUACGCGGAAGCAACGGAGAAGGAAUAAAAGUUGGCAGCGUAGAGGAAUUCCAGGGACAAGAACGCAAAGUCAUCAUUGUUUCAACUGUUCGGAGCAGCGCUAACGAAGUUGAAUUCGACUUGCGACACACUCUCGGCUUCGUUGCCAAUGACAGGAGGUUCAACGUCACCAUAACUCGUGCUCAAGCACUGUUGAUCAUUGUCGGAGAUGCAUCUGUCCUUGGCCUCGACCCGUUGUGGCGCUCUUUCCUCUCGUACAUUCACCAGGAGGGUGGCUGGAAGGGCAGCCCGAUUCCAUGGGAAGGGAACGAAGCGGGUAACGCAUACAGUGCCGGUCAAAGGUCCGCUGCAGCACUGGAUGAUUUGACAUUGCUUAUCGAACGCACACGUACAAUGAAUUUGAGCCUUGGGGGCGGGCCAGCUGGAAACGCGGAUGAUGUGGACGUUCAGGAAGGGAACGUUGACCGCCCAUGGCGCGAGGACGAGUAA